GGGUCGACAGGGCCUGUUUGACAUACGGAUAGUAUUAGUAACUCGUUUCAUUACGAUUACAGAAAACUUGAAUCAAACAAUUGGGAGCUUUACUUUUGAGUGAACAACUCUCUCAAAGCAAUGGCAAACAAUCCCUCACAGCUUCUUCCUUCAGAGUUGAUAGACAGGUGCAUAGGGUCCAAAAUUUGGGUGAUAAUGAAAGGUGACAAAGAGCUCGUGGGUACUCUCAGAGGCUUCGAUGUCUACGUUAACAUGGUCCUUGAAGAUGUCACCGAAUACGAGAUCACUACUGAGGGAAGACGGAUCACGAAGCUUGAUCAAAUUUUGCUUAAUGGAAAUAACAUUGCCAUUCUGGUCCCAGGAGGCUCACCUGAUCCACAAUGAGGCUGUCAGCUCUUUUGGUUUUUAGGUUCUUCCCUUUCAAUGUUAUCAAAUUCUCAGCUUCAGAGAGAACUCUGGCAUAGAAGGAAACCUCUUAUCAUUUAGACCUUAAUCACUGUAAGAUUCCCCAGGUUUCAUUAUAGGACAGAAUUGGUCACACAAUUACUGUAAUGGUUAAUGAUUUGAUUAGGCGAAUCAUAACUGUGAUUCGACGUCUGUAUCUCUAAUUCAAUUUUAACUAUAUGAUCAAGUUGAAUGCUUUGGUAA